UACGGCAAAACGUCCAAGUUUGUACCAGAAUAUAUACGAAUUCUAACCUAAACAACUUUGCAUUGCUGUACUAAAGUAUUUGAUGGCUAAACAUAUUUAUUAAAGUAAUAACUAUGUUUAAAUAUACGAGCCUAUGUAUAAAUCAUUUAAGAACACAAUCGGCAACGUUUCUUUCCAAUCAGAUCGAUUUGUUUGCUCAACAAAGUCGGAAUACGUUCAUCCUAAAACGAAAAUAUCCUGUACCGCUGCAUAAGAAAAAUCGUAGAGCACCGCGGCUGGGGCAUAGAUAUUUUAUUUAUGAUCUGGUAGAAAAUACAAAUAGCAACAAACCGAAACUUAUAGAUUUGGUCUUACUGAAAUCCGUGCACGGUGUUGGCAUAAAAGGUCAAAAGGUUUCCGUGAAUUCUGAAAAGGCAUAUAUCAAUCUUAUAUUACCAAAGUUGGCUGUAUAUGCGACUCCCGAAAAUAUUGACAAAUAUUACAUCGACGGCACAAACUUUAAAGAACAUUUGGAUUCGUACAGUUCUGAAUAUGUACCGAGAACCUUACGUGUAUUGUCUCAAUUUUAUUUGCCCGUAGAGAUGUCUAUGGAUAUACCUUGGAACAUAGAAAAAUGGCACGUUAGGGUAGCUUUUCGUAAAGCAGGUGUAAUUGUUCCCGAGAAGGCAAUAAUCCUUCCAGAAAAGACUAUAUCAGGACCAGAAUUAUCAAUUCAAAAUAAAGAAUUUUGUGUAAUUGUCAAAAUCAAUAAUCACGAAGAAGUAAAAGUCAGAUGUAAAAUACGUCACUGGGAUUUCAAUAGGAAGAAUAGAAUUACCGAGGAAGAAUCGUUAUGGGAUUUGCCUAAUAUAGCAAUAUUCCCUGAGGACCAACCACUUUUGGAUUCUCUGCCAAAGCAUCAUUUAUCUAAACACAAAAGCAACAAUGUAGACGAAUAAUAUGUAAAUAAAAUCUGAU